CAGUCUUCUGUGUGAACUUUAAGAAGAACAAUGAUUAAAAGGAAAAGUGGGGUUAACUAUGGAUGCAACAGUUACACAUUAUAGAUGCUUGUGGGGGCUCACAUUUCUCUGUUUCUUUCCUCCUUUUUCUCUUUUCCAAAUUAUCAAAAUUUAGUGUCUCUUGCCAGACAACCACAUACACAAUUGUUGGAGAGAGAGAGAGGAUAUUAAAGGUAUAUAUAUGGGCCUGAUUUUCUAGCAAAUAGCAAUUACCCCCACUUUACAUAUUCAUUCUGCUAGCUAGGCCUCAAUUCAAUAACAACGUGGAAGCCAUGGAAGCAUCUCAGCCUCUUUCCAUUGAAAGCUUUUCAUACAGUUGGUUAGUGAACCUGAAACCUUCUUUGGAAAGCCUUGACAAUUCUCUCAGAACCUCACUCGAUGCGUCCGAUGAAUCUUCCUUCAUCGAGAUGGACCCAACAAUGUCACCCUCUAAGAGAUUCUUUAUGAAUUCCCAGCAGGAUUUCAAAUUUGACUUCCCUGCUGUCUCCCAAUCUCCUCUCACCACUCUUGUUCAUGCUGAUGAGCUCAUUUCCAAUGGCUACCUUUUGCCGCUUUCUGUUGACUCAUUGAAGAACAUGGAGGCAUAUGAUCAUGAGGCCUCAAAGUCCACUGGUGCAAAUUUUCCGGCCUCUGCAUCACAUUCAGCAAGAGAUGUUGAUCCAACAGAUAAUUCUAGAGACUCCUCUAAUUCACUGAGAAGGUGUAGAAGAUUGUCGAGACGAAUAUUGGAGAAGUACUUGAAUUUUCUUAGGCCGUUGUACAAAAAGAUUAGAGGUGAUCAUCAUCAUCAUCAUCAUCAUCACAAAGCAAAUCCUAAAGCUGGAUUUAGUGCUGAUAAAAGGAGCCAUUCAGUGAAGAACUGCAGGGUGCAUUCAUCAGAAACUAGUCAAUCUCCCAGAAUAAGUGUAGCCUAUUCUGCCGAUGAUUGGCGGAGGUCUUGUGAUUCCGAGAGCUCAAUUUAUGAGGCAGUUCUCCAUUGCAAAAGAUCCAUAGGAAAUUAAAUGGAUUGAGGGAUGUGGUACAAAGCAAUGAACAGAAGAAGAAAGGGAGAGGAAGAAGAAUUCACAUGGGAAGAGAGGAAAUGAGAGGUCAUAAGUCCAGAAGAUCAUCAGCCACUUGUUCUUUGUCAUCUUCCUCUCUUCUGAAUAUAUAUUUCUUGGAUGAUAAUGUAAAUUAAUUUUUGUCUUAGAAUCUGUGUGGAUCCCGAGCUUAGGGAAAAUUGGGACAUCCUAAUUUUUCUUAAAGUCCCUUCCUUUCCAGUUCCUUAUUCCUGUAAUAUUAAUUUA